GGCCGUUUUUGACAGGUCGGAGACAGGAGACUGGAAGCUCAUUGAUCAACAUGGAUGUCAUUCUUAUUUUGACCGAACUGCCCCUGAAAACUCGCAUUGGACACGGCGGACGUCAGUGAAAGCGCCCUCUCGCUGCAAUAGGACAGCAGCUGCUUGAAGGUUUAUCCUCUGGACCCGCCCCUCCACAGCGUAAUCUCGACACGCGAUUGGCGGAACCGUCAUCCAUCGACGUCCCUGAGCGGGCAUCGCGUUACGAUUGGUCCGACCGGCUUUCAAUCACAAAGACAGCUCGACGCGAUUGGCCGGUUCGCGCGUCCGUUAGCGGCCCAUUGUCCGUGGAUUGGUGCAGCAGCGCGGGCGGACUCCGGCACGGGCUCCGCUCCUGGGAGGCUCACGGAGAGCGAAUGUCGUCAUGAGCGAACAACAGGACAGUAUGGCCACCACUGUUGCUGUCAGUCCAAGCGAAUACCUGCAGCCCUCCAGUACUUCCACACAAGACUCCCAGCCCUCUCCUCUCGCCCUCCUGGCCGCCACCUGCAGUAAGAUCGGCCCUCCUGCAGCUCAGGCUCCUGUCACUGCUCCUCCAGCCCAGCCGCAGCCUCGCAGGCUCCUCCCCAUCAAACCCGCCCCCAUCGCGCCCGCUCCGCCCAAGAACCUGGGCUUCCUGUCAGCCAAGGGUAAUGUGAUUCAGCUCCCUGCCGGCCUGGGCCAGGCCGCCACGCCCGGCAGCCCCAUCGUGCUCACCAUCCAGAGCCCGGCUCGCACCAACACCUCCGCCCCCGCCAACAUCCAGUACCAGGUGGUGCCGCAGAUCCAGGGCACCCAGACCAUCCAGGUGAUGCCGCAGGGAGGCCAGAUCCAGCUCAUACCGGGCACCAAUCAGGCCAUCAUUACUGCCCCCAUGACUGUGCCGGCCCCGGCAGCCGCCACCGCUCCGGUCACGCCGCAGAAGACCGUAGCCAUCAAGCCCUCGCCGAGGUCACGGAAGCCCAACAGCGCCACCUCCAACAUAGUGCAGCUGCCCAGCGGGCUCACGCUGCCGCUCAAUGUGGCUACCGGAGAGGUGGGCGGGACCCAAAUCGUCACAGAGACAGCAGCGGCCCCGCCCACUAUGGGGAAGGGACGGCGAGGGAGGAAGAAGAAAUUAGUUUUGGCUGCACAACCUCCGGCCGCUCCUGUCCCUCCACAGCCUGCCUCCCCGCCUCCAGAGCAGAUGGAAACCAUCCUGAUAGAAGCUGCUGACAAUAUCAUUCAGGCAGGAAACAACCUGCUGAUCGUGCAGAGCCCGGGCCAGCCGGCAGUGGUGCAGCAGGUGCAGCUGGUCCAGUCCAAGCAGGACUCUCAGGUGGUUCAGAUCCCCCAGCAGGCCCUGAAGGUGGUGCAGGCAGCCUCGGCCACGCUGCCGCCUGUCCCGCAGAGGCAGACGGCGCCCACCAGCCUGCAGGUCACCCCAGACACAACACAGACACAGAUCUUGAUCAAAACGCCGACGGGGGAGUGGCAAACCGUUCAGCUCCAGGAGACGGUCUCCUCGACGACGACCCCCACCACCUCGGUCGCCAGCACCACGUCACCGCCGGCUGGCACCAAGAGGACGCUGGCAGGGGGACGCAAGGAGAGGACGCUGGCAAAAAUCGCGCCAGCGGGUGGGAUGAUUGCACUGAGUCCAGCGCAGCUCUCCUCUGCCACCCAGGCGGUGCAAACUAUCAACAUAAACGGGGUCCAAGUGCAGGGAGUUCCUGUCACCAUUACCAACGCAGGGGGCCAGCAGCACCUAACGGUGCAGACGAUGCAGGGCGGGGGGCUGCAGCUGGCGGCCCCGCAGGGCCAGCCGGCCGUCCAGGUGGACCAGACGCUCACACUAGAGCUGCCCGGCCAGCCGGGAGAGAAGAAACGCCGCAUGGCCUGCACCUGUCCCAACUGCAAAGACGCAGACAAGAGGCCAGGUGAGGUGGGCAAGAGGAAGCACAUCUGCCACAUCCCCGGCUGUGAGAAGACGUUCAGGAAAACGUCGCUGCUCAGAGCUCACGUCCGGCUGCACACCGGCGAGAGGCCCUUCGUCUGCAACUGGGUCUUCUGCGGCAAACGCUUCACACGCAGCGACGAGCUGCAGCGGCACGCCAGGACGCACACAGGAGACAAGCGCUUCGAGUGCAACCAGUGUCAGAAACGCUUCAUGAGGAGUGACCAUCUGACGAAGCAUUACAAAACUCACAUAAACACCAAGAACCUGUGAGCAGACUGGAUGCAGAGCGUUCACACAGUCACGCCCUCUUGAACUAGACUGAGCAGAGCAGGGGAGACAACUGUCCCAUAAUGGGAAAUACUUAACUAAAAAAAAAAGUCCCCGCAUAUCCUCUCUCACUUCUCUAGGACGCUGUGUAGCCCGAUGUACAGACGAAUCCCUCCUGAUGGACUUCAGACUGUUCAAGCAAAUUUAUUAAUAAUAUUUUGUUCUGUUUUUGUUUUGUUUUUUUUAACCUCUGACCGGUGGCCGGCUGCACUACGUAGACUGAGCACGUAGGACGGCGAGACAGGCGAGGUUUAAGACUUUUAAGGCGCAGAUGCUUGUCGCAGCGUUCUUAUCCAUGAACGUCAGUAGGAGAAAAGUGUAAAGAUUUAUUCAGACAAAAACAUCCAAGCCUACAGGACUUCCGUGUCAUCUGACCCCUUUUUUUCCCUUUGUUUUUCUUCCCCUGACUCCUGCUUUGGCCUGUUUUCACAUGGAACAACAGGGGCUUCAGAAAUUGUCCCUUGACUGUUGUGUUUAAAAGAAAAUUUAAAAAAGUUAAAUUUAAACCAUGUUGUGUAAAAUUAACACAUUUUCUUUUACCUCAGUGGAAUGGUAAUUUGUUAUUUUUAGUUUGCUUUUAGUUAAGCUGUUUGCAUUUCUGCAUUUGAGUCUCUCAGCUGAUUUAAAAUAUGUAUAUUUAAAAACUUGGGGACCAUUACCUGAAACUCCCCAAAUGAGACUCCUGAAAACGUUUAUAAGUUUACAUUAGCUUUUUUAUGUGUGUAUAUGCAUACUAGCAUAUGUAAGAAUAAUAAUGAUAACAACAAUAAUAAUAAACUUUAUUUAUCUCGCACUUUUCUAAGCAACCAGUACAAAGUGCUUUCCAAAACAGAAAAGAGAAAUGAAGAAAAACCAUGAAAAAGGCAGCAGCAAAAAGGAGAAUAUAUGAAAAACAUAGAACAGGAGAUUUAAAUUACAACAGAGAUACAAACGGGACAUAGAGAGCAUUGUAAAAAAAGCUUUUUUUCUGUACAGGUGUGCUUUGGGAAGUGAUUUAAAAGAUGAUACUGAUCCUGCAUCAGGGCGAUCAAAAGCUUGGGAGCUAAAACAGCCAAGGCUCCACCUUUUGUUUCAAGCCGAGUCCGAGGAGCCAACAACAAGCAGGGCUCGACCAGCGGACCUCAGGCUGACGUUAAAAGCUGUGCCUUAAAAUUUAUCAGUAAAAUCUUAAAAAAUUAAAUUUAAAAACUAACAGGCAACCGGUGAAGAGCUGCUAAAAUUUGAGGCGGUAUGAUCUCGGCUUCUUGAUCUGGUUGAGAGCCUCACCGUUGAAUUUUGCACUCGCUGCAGCCAGGUGAUGCAACUCUGACUUCAGCAGGAAUCCAGAGAGUUGCAGUCGUCAUCGAAACAGAUGUGAAUCACAUUAUCACACCCAAAUAUAAGGCCACGGGUUAAACAUUUAGUUUUGGUGUCUCUAGCUGUCUUGAAUCUGGUCAAUGGAGCUUUUGGGGGGCAGUACGAACAACUUCAGGCAUGUUAAGCUGGAGAUAAUUUUGGGACAUAAACGUUUUGUAUGUGAAAGGCGGUCUUGGAGGCUAUCAAGGGUCUCCUGGUUUCAUUAGUACAUAAAUGUGUGUUUGCAGGUGAUGCCACCAUGCAGAAGCACAUAAACAGAGAAUUACAGAGGACCUAGGACUGAGCCCUGUGGAACACCAUAUUUGAGAAAAGCUGUAGAGGAAGGCAAAUUACCAAUCAAAGCAUGUAUUCAAAAGGUAAUAUUUCAACAAAUUCAAGCGGUUAUGCUAAAACAUAUUAUCUGAGAUGAGUCUAAUACCUUGGCUAAGAAUGGAAAUUUGUUUAUCAUUGAGAUCAACAGGAUCCAGGCUAGAUUUUUUUCAAAGCAGUAGCAUGUUUGAAGGAAGAAAGGCUAUAUUAUGAGUCAAAUAGCCAGUCAUUAAGAGGACAAAAUAUUGGUGCCUAUGGUACAGGUGACCUCUCUGAGCAAUUAAGUUUUGAUGAUGUCCAAAAAAUGAUGUCAGCUAACCCAAAUGUAAUAUUAUUUGACACCUAAACAGAAAUACUGCAUGAAGGCCUCACACUGCUGCGGCAAAGCCACACUAAUUUUGGUGUCUUGUUCCUGAAGAGUAUCCUGAGGUUAUUGGUUAGCCCGUGUGUUUUACUGCUUCCUGAUAGUCAUGUCCACAUGGGUGGUCAUAUUCGUCUCUUGGAGGUCCUAUUUGUGUGGAAGCCAGGGAUCAUUUGAAGGUGAUAACAUGAGCCCAGUUGAUCGGCACCUGCUGGUCUUUCUUCAACGUCCAAGCCAGGUUUCUUGCCCUGAUAGCACCUGAUACACUGCGCGCCGGUCAGUGUAAACCGUUUCCAGAGACACAACGUUGGUCUGCUUGACAGUUUUGGUUCUGGUGAUUUGCUGCCUAUGCAUUGCCGUGUAUAUGAUUGGAUCUCCAAAUAUUGGCCUGACUUGACAAUCAUGUCACAAGAUGCAAAAAAAUAAAAAAGGAGAGAAGAAACAAAAGCUUUCUCAGGCCUAUGAUCAGUUACUAUGUACAUAUUGUUGGCUAUGUAAUAGCUUUAAUUUUUAAUCAACAUUUGAGACGUUUGAUUUCUAAUAUACAGAUGACCAGCAUUAGGCCUACUGUACAGUAUUCACACCAGUCACUUCUUCAUGUCAUUCGCUCAACAGAUAACGCACCAUUUACUCAAACUGUUUUGGAUACAAUGAAGACGUACUGACCUUUCUCUAAUAAUUUAUUGUGCGUUUUUAACCCUGAUACUUUCAUUAAAGAAGUACGCUGAUUUAUUGGCAAACAAGCUCUUUGGUCAGAUUAGCCCUAAGGUGACGAGGCAGCCUCACUGUCCAGUAAUCAUUUUCAUUUCAGUGGAUGUUCAUGCUUUGGCGCACUGUACGCUUCAUGUACAGUGCAGCCUCGCUAAACAUUAUCAAAAAAAAAAAAAAAAAAAAUUAAAAAAGCACCAUCCUGCACUAAAUACCAAGCAAACAGGUUAAAGUGCUACCAGCCUCCUCGCCGCGCAGUGGUGAGCUGAUCAAAGAGCUUAGUCAAAUCGGAUUUAUUUAUAAAGCACUUUUAACAAGCUUUCCUCACAAAGUGCUUCACAGGGCAACAAAGGACAUGAAGCUUAGUCAGUGUGAACCUUCAGGAAUGUCUCUGGAGACCUGAGAGGAUGUUGGGAUGGAGAAAAAAAAAAGAGCCUGCUCAUAUUUAUAUUUGUAUUUUAUGUCUGAAUAUGUAAAUACAGUGUGUGUCUGGUUGACACAGUAAAUGUAGGAUUUAAAAAAGCAAACAAAAAAAGUUACACUGCCUAGUAUUGUGGCUGGCAUGGCCAGAAGUGGACUUUGUACAGUGUGUAAGGAAUAAAAUAUAAUGUGACAUUGUAUAGCUUCAUUCCUGCUUUGUACAAGACUUCUAGAUCUUUUUUCUAUUGAAUUAAAGAUGCCUUAGACAGCUGCACCCAGUAUUUAAAGAAUUUUGUCUGUCAGGUAACAGCCUUUGUAGAUUUCCCUUUGUGUUUUUUUUUUCUUAGCAUAAGUUACAUACUAAUGUAAUAAUGUCACUGACAAAAAUCCCAUUUUUUUUUUUUGAAAUUUGUAAUUUUUAUUUUAAUUGUAUUUAAAUAUGAUGAGUUUCCCCCCUGAAGUGAGACAUUUAUAUUGCUUGAUUUCUGUGAAUGAAAUGCUUUCUCCCUUUCGAAACUCUGAUUUCAUAUGUUCUACAACAGCCUGUGCUCCUUGUAUUUCAGGAGAUCCGGAGAUCCAGCAAUUAAUUUUAUAACUUGUAUAAAGGUGCUUAUUACAGAGAGCUUGCUCCUUUUCUACAGUCACCCCCUCAAUAAAGAAUUCAAACUGUUU